GAGCAACAAUAGCAACAAUAGCAACCACCGCAACAACAGCAACAACCAAAAAUACUCAACAACAGUCCGUCACUUUAGAUAUAUUGAAACAGCAACAGUUCCGCGCAUCUUCCACGUCUAAGCCCGCCAUGUACACAGCAUCGUUUGCCUUUUUCGAGGCGAUAUGGGAGGCAGGUGUCACGCACUGCUUCGUCAACUUAGGCUCGGAUCAUCCCAGUAUCAUCGAAGCUAUGGUAAAGGGACAGAGGGAGGCUAAGGGUAAAUUCCCACGUAUCAUUACAUGCCCUAAUGAGAUGGUAGCCAUGUCGAUGGCCGACGGCUACGCGCGUCUUACGGGUAAGCCACAGUGCGUCAUUGUCCAUGUCGAUGUUGGUACGCAGGGCUUAGGAGCCGCAGUCCAUAACGCCAGUACUGGACGAGCACCGGUUCUAGUCUUUGCGGGCUUAAGCCCUUUCACGCUUGAGGGAGAGAUGCGCGGGUCGCGGUCCGAAUAUAUCCAUUGGAUUCAGAAUGUUCCUAAUCAAACCCAGAUCAUCGGUCAGUACUGUAGAUAUGCAGAGGAAAUCAAGACGGGCAAGAAUAUCAAGCAGAUGGUUAAUCGCGCCUUACAAUUCGCCACAAGCUCUCCUCAGGGCCCGGUGCAUCUGGUGGGCGCGCGAGAAGUCAUGGAAGAGGAAAUCAACCCUUACUCGCUAGAGCAGGGUGUUUGGGACUCAGUUGAGCUGGGUGGUUUGCCGCCGACAGCUCCUCAGCAAAUUGCGGCAGCAUUACUUGGUGCUGAAAACCCGUUGCUUAUCACCGGAUACUCGGGUCGAAAUCAUAAAAUACCUGCUGCUCUAGUAGAGCUCGCCAACACCGUGAAGGGAUUGCGUGUACUUGAUACGGGCGGUAGUGAUAUGUGCUUCCCCGCAUCCCACCCCGCUUGGCUUGGCCUUCGAUUCGGUAUCGACCCAUGGAUAGAGAAAGCGGACGCGAUUGUGAUAUUGGAUUGCGAUGUCCCCUGGAUUCCGACUUUAAACAAACCGAAGGAUGGUACAAAGGUUUUCCACAUUGACAUUGACCCCUUGAAGCAGCUCAUGCCGCUCUUUUAUGUACCGGCUCAGCAUCGGUAUCGCGCGGAGCCUCUACUCGCAGUCGAGCAGAUCAUCUCUGAAGCCAAAAGCCAGGCUUCAAGUAUCGAUACAGCAGUUGCUACCAAGAAAUGGGAGGCUCUUCAGGUGUCAUACAAGGAACGCUUGGAUACGAUAGCAUCCAAUGCAAAGCCAGCCGAAGACGGUUCCUUCGGCACUGGAUAUCUCACCAAAACCCUACGAUCCUUGUGCCCGCAGGAUACGAUCUGGGCUAUCGAAGCGGUGACAAAUACCGCCUUCGUGCAUGAUAAUCUCCGGCCGGAGCUACCGGGUUCUUGGAUCAACUGCGGUGGAGGCGGUUUGGGAUGGUCUGGUGGCGGUGCAUUGGGAAUCAAGUUGGCAACGGACACGGAAAACGGUGGGAAGGGCAAAUUUGUUGUACAAAUUGUGGGCGACGGCACGUUCCUAUUCUCCGUUCCCGGUAGUGUGUACUGGAUCUCCAGGCGCUACAAUAUCCCGGUAUUGACCAUCGUAUUAAAUAACAAGGGCUGGAACGCCCCUCGAAAGUCGAUGCUCCUUGUACAUCCGAAUGGUCUAGGGUCAACAGCAACGAACGAGGAAAUCAACAUCUCGUUCGAUCCCGUGCCAGAUUACGCGGGUAUUGCCAAGGCGGCUGCUGGAGGCGACUUGUUCGCGGCAAGGGUUGACAAGGUAGACGAUCUCGAACGUACUAUCAAAGAUGCUAUCAAAGCGGUCGAAAGCGGUCAGAGUGCUGUCUUGGACUGCAAGGUCAAUCUUGGAUCUUGAUUUUAGACCUACUGGAAAAGGAGCUGCUGCUUCUGCAUUGAAAGCUGAGAUUAACAUCGCGCUCUGUCACGUGGAAUACUAAGGACGUAGGUAUAUACUACAGACGUGCUGAUUGAGCGGGUAGGGAAAUCGUGUACUGUUAGGAGUCAUAGCAGAAAUUGAUCCAUAUAAAUUGGUGUUUUACCGAUAUCUCGUUGUUAGAGCAUGUCAUCCUGGACGAUACACACCAUCGUGGUAUGAUUUAUCAGUGGUCCGACUAUGUGAACUCGUCAUAGGAAGAAACAUGUAUAUGAGUGGAUAUGUAUAUGCUAUGUACGUUAUGAUAGUGUGCAAAGCGACUGAGUCUUUAUACCCAAGGUACUUUAUAGUCUAUUUAGGACUCUAGGUGCCCAAGGACUACGUAGACAGCAACUUAUCGGGUUUCCGGAUUUAUUCUUGUUUAUAUCACGGGUUCUAUAUAGGUACCUAUUCACUUUAUAGGUAGCCAUCGGUUAUUAGCUUAAGUAUCUAAAGUAC